AUGUUUAAUUUUUUACUUUUGCUAUUACCACUAUUAUUAUUCGACUCACUUACAGUGAGCAGGGAAGUCAUUCUUAGAGGAGCAACAGAAAUCGAUCGAAAUUACGAUGUCACUGAUAUAACGUCCCUCGUUGAUAUCUAUCUAGAUCAAUUUGACAUCGAUUGCCUUACAAUCUUUGAUGGAGGACGAUUCUUCUACGUUUCAACAAUUCCUGGUGUUCAUAACGCAACUUCGUUAAGUAUUUCAGAUAUCGCGAAUCUAGGAACUUGCCACAUCGACCUUUCUGUCGGUCAAAACCAUUUUGACUCAGUUAAAUUUAAUCGUAUAGCCAAUUAUAAUACCACUAUCCUUAAGGGUAUUCAAACAACUGACCCUAUACAAGUCAACAAUCUCCAGAAUUCCGCCAAUGGUCGUCUAUAUAUUGAAAAUACAGAUUUGACAGUAGUUAACCAAUUGUACAACUCAGGGACAAUCUGCCUUGGACCCGAGCUGUCACUCACGAUUGAAACCGAUGACUAUACGAGUCUCCAAAAAGGAUGGAUCAAGCUAUCACCAAGGAGCAUUGUUACUGUACCGGGAGAUAUACUUUCAAAUUUUUGCUUUCCAGAAGAGAACGGUUAUCUUUCGGUCACAUCAAGUAUUCCUGAUUACAUUACCUUAACCAAUUUUUUUGGUAAAACCAAUAAGAUCCUUCUCAAUGAAUCUUCGAUAAUUACCGAAGGAUCACUUAUCUACGAUGAACCAUAUUUAAAGCUUAUAUUGAGCGGUCACAUGACCUAUUUGUUUAAUAUCGGAAAAGGGUAUAAUCCACUCAGAUUCGUUAUGGCACAUGUAUUGGGUGGGUUCGAGAUUUACUACGACCGUGAAGCAGAAGGGGCACUUCCCUGUCCCUGUGAUUGUAAGAUGCCUACAUAUACUGUACCAGGUGCGACUCCCACAUUCUCAACUCAAAUACUUCAAAUCACGACUACCAACAAUCAUUGGACCACAAUAACUCAAGAAGAUGGGACCAAAGUGACUCAUUUGGCAACUUCUGCAGCAGAAACUAGCUUGGAGCCAGUGCCAACUACUGGUAGAACCUAA